CCCACCGACUCCCCCCUCAGGCACCUCUGCCUUUCACUCUGCCUUUAGCUCUACCCUUAGCUCUGGGCUGUGCCCGAUAGCUGGAUGCGCCACCUAUGGUUGCUGUUGGUACUGCAGGAGGCGGUGCGCUGGUGGGAGAGUUGCGCUCUCUGAAAGCCGCCUGGUGGGACAGUUCUGCCGGAGGGAGACGGGCUGAAUCCGGCGGGAUUAGCUGCUGUGCGCUGGGAGGGAGGGAGACCAGGAGCCUAAGGAGGAGGAAUAGCGGCACCGGAGAGAAGUCCGGAGUAUAGGGACACGAAAAGAGCCGACUGUCGUGGCGGCGGGAGAGGGUAGAAAGUUAGGAAGGAAAGAAUUGCACCUCCUCCCAUCGGUCUGUUGCCUCCAGGCUGGGCAGUGUGCUGCUAUAAGAGCUUGGAGAUCCAGUGCCCAAACAGUGUGCAAUAAGCGUGACAGGACCAAAGCAAAGGGCCCGUGGGUGUGUAUAUAUCCGAGUCAGAAUCAAGGUGUGUGUGUGGAUCAAGAAGCUGCUCCCCAAGGCUGUAUUGGCUGCCCGGCACCUUGGAAUGGCAGAGGGAAAGGAACAUGUCCUGGCAGAGCUCUAGUUCCACCGCUCCUUCUGUGUAACCUUCUCGCCAGCUCCCUGCUGCUCACCUGAAUCAUCUGCUUGACUGCAACCUGAGGGAAGGCUGUGCUUGUAAUUCCAGGAGAUGCAUGGAACAUGUUCUCUACUGGCCUUAGGAUUAAAAGAUGUUAAAGGCAGUUUUAAAGAAAAGCCGGGAAGGUGUAAAAGCCAGCAAAAAAGACACAGGUGAAGAACUUGCUCAGAAUAUUUUAUUCACCGGUCACAAUGUGGAGUUUCCAGUUGGCAGUUCAGGCAUCCAGGACGAUCCUUACCAUAUGGGAUUUGCUAAAGGAGUCUCUGUGUCAUUGCCAUCAUCACCACUUUUGCCGCGUCAGGCAUACUCCAUGCAACAGCGGGCACAAAAGAAAUCGCCAGGAUUGCUCAGGAAGCCCAAGUAUGUGGAGAGUCCCAGAGUGCCGGGAGAUGCCAUCGCUAUGCCAUUGAGGAAAGUCUCCGAGCUGCCGGAUCCCAACCAGAAUGAAGAAGCACUUGAGAAGAAAUUGGGCUGUUCUCCUGCAGCGCAAGAGCUGAUGACUCGGUUGGGAUUCCUGCUUGGAGAAGGGAUUCCAGCCACUACCAGAGGUCCAAUGGAUGAGAAGGCUGAAAAUAUGUGUACAGUAUCAAGUCAUGGAAUAAGCCCUUGCUCAACGCUGACGAACAGCACGGCGUCCCCUUGCACUGCCAGCCCUUGUUCAACCCUAAACAGCUGCAUCAGCAAGACAGCCGCCAAUAAAACCAGUCCUGGUGGAACCAUCAGCAGCCCCAGCUCCACACUGGAAAGCAAAGACAGUGGCAUCAUAGCAACCAUCACAAGUUCCUCCGAGAAUGACGACCGCAGUGGAUCCAGUCUGGAAUGGAGCCGGGAUAGCAGCUUAAGGGCUGGGUCCCAUCACCAGGGGAUGAUCCAUGAGCGGAGGACGGAUAACUGCUCACCUGUGGUGGAGGAAGACACCUGCGCAACGGCGGACUGUUUAGCGAAGAUCGAUGUCCCCCAUGCAGAAGGCCCGGUUUCUUACAUGCAGAACUCCAGUUCCCUGGUAAUGCAGCGGCCCAACUCUGUAGCAGCCACAAGUUCGACCAAACUUGAAGACUUGGGUUACCUGGAUGUUCAAAGAAAUGCUCCUUUGCGAACCUCAAUCAGGAUGCCCUGGAAUAACACUGCGGGGACCCGGGUACAACAGGAAAUCAAAGCACGUUUUGUCCCCUACAAGCCACAGGACAUUCUGCUGAAGCCCCUAUUGUUUGAGGUGCCAAGUAUAACAACAGACUCAGUGUUUGUCGGGAGGGGCUGGCUCUUUCAAGAAAUAGAGGAGAAGCUGAAAAAUGCUGAGCUGCCAGAGCACCGGGGAGUUGCGAUUGUUGGAAGCGUUGGAUUCGGCAAGACUGCCAUCGUUUCCAAGCUUGUCGCCCUCAGCUGCCAUGGGACCCGAAUGAGGCAGAUCGCAUCCAACAGUCCCUCUUCGUCUCCCAGGAGUGUAGACCCCACUCAGGAAAUUCCACUCUCCCAGACAUCUCCGCUUAGCCUUGCCAUGUCUGGCUCGAGCACCUUGAAAACACUGGGCACCCGUGGAAGCCCUGAACAUCAAAGGCUGAUGGACGACUCCCUGAAGCACCUGGCUUCCAAGGUUGUUGCUUAUCACUAUUGUCAGGCAGACAACACAUAUACGUGCCUGGUUCCAGAGUUUGUGCACAGUGUUGCAGCCUUGCUGUGCCGAUCCCAUCAGCUGUCAGCCUACCGGGAACUUCUGAUCAAGGAGCCCCAUUUACAGAGCAUGCUGAGCCUUCGCUCCUGUGUACAAGACCCUAUAGCUGCUUUUAGAAGAGGAAUUCUGGAACCGCUGUCAAGCCUUCGGAGAGAGAGAAAAAUCCCUGAGGAAGAAUUCAUCUUUUUAGUGGAUGGUUUAAAUGAGGCUGAAUUCCAUAAACCAGAUUAUGGAGACACCGUUGCAUCCUUCCUCGCUAAAAUCAUUUCUUCCUUCCCUCCCUGGAUGAAACUUAUUAUGACAGUACGGACUAAUUUUCAGGAAAUAACAAGUUUGUUGCCCUUGUCCAAGAUUUCCUUAGAUGAUUUCCCGGACAACAAAGACAUCUGCAACGAUCUGAGCGCUUAUAUCCAAUACAGAUACAGCACUAGCCAGGAAAUCAUGAACAAUAUCUCUCUCAAUGGCAAAACAGAUGUCAACACCAUCGGCAAGCUUAGUGACCACUUGGUUAUGAGGAGCCAGGGCUCCUACCUGUACCUCAAACUGACUCUCGACCUUUUCGAGAAGGGGCAUUUGGUCAUUAAAAGCUCCAGCUACAAAGUUGUGCCUGUGUCUGUCUCUGAACUAUACCUGCUCCAGUGCAAUAUGAAAUUCAUGACAAACUCGGCCUUUGAGAAAGCACUUCCCAUUCUGAACAUGGCACUGGCUUCCCUGCAUCCCAUGACGGACGAGCAGAUUUUCCAGGCUAUAAAUGCUGGGAGUAUUUACGGGGAGCACAGCUGGAAAGACUUUCAGCAGAGAAUGGAAACCCUCUCGAGCUUUUUGAUCAAAAGGAGGGAUAAGACACGAAUGUUCUGUCACCCGUCCUUUAGAGAGUGGCUUGUUUGGCGAGCCGAUGGGGAGAGUGCACAGUUUUUAUGCGAGCCCCGAAGUGGCCAUGCCCUUCUGGCCUUCAUGUUCUCCCGCCAAGAGGGGAAGUUAAAUCGGCAGCAGACAAUGGAACUCGGACACCAUAUUUUGAAAGCACAUAUAUUUAAGGGAAUGAGCAAGAAGAAUGGCAUCUCCUCCAGUACGUUGCAGGCCUUGUGGAUCGGUUACAGCACCGAUGGAUUAUCGGCGGCUCUCGCCUCCCUGAGGAACUUAUACACUCCCAAUGUGAAGGUAAGCCGGCUUCUCAUACUGGCCGGAGCCAACGUCAACUACAGGACCGAAGUCUUGAACAAUGCCCCAAUUCAGUGUGUGCAGGCCCACCUGGGCCACGAAGAGAUGGUCAGUCUUCUGCUGGAGUUUGGGGCCUCAGUGGACGGGAUGUCUGAAAACGGCAUGACCCCGCUUUGCUACGCAGCUGCAUCUGGCCAUAUGAACAUUGUCUUACUUCUGUGCAAGAGAGGCGCUAAGGUUGAUCACAUGGACAAAAAAGGCCAGUGCGCUCUGGUGCACAGUGCGCUACGAGGACAUUGCGAUAUCGUUAAAUAUUUACUGCGUUGUGAUUGGUCGCCCUCCAGCCAGCAGCCAAGCUACGUACGAAAAGGCCAAGCUCUGCAGCAAGCACUGACGGCAGCCUGUAGCAUGGGACACUCGGAGGUUGUGAAAUGUCUCCUGAACCAGGGCAAGGACCACCCAUUGGAUAUCAAUGAAAAUGACACACUAUGGGGAGAAACAGCUCUCACAGCAGCGGCUGGACGGGGCAAACUGGAGGUGUGUGAGCUGCUGAUCAACCAUGGAGCCAUUUUAUCCCGAGUCAACAGGCGUGGGAUCUCUCCUUUGUUCUGUUCUGUGAGACAAGGACACUGGCAGAUUGCCAGGCUCCUCCUACAGCACGGCUGUGACGUCAACACUAGCGACAAGCAGGGCCGCACUCCGCUGAUGGUGGCUGCCUGCGAGGGCCACUGUGGCACUGUGGAGUUCCUUCUCUCUGAAGGUGCAGACAUUGCGGCGCUGGACAAGGAGGGUCUGACCGCGCUAAGCUGGGCUUGUUUAAAGGGCCACAAGGCUGUGGUUCAGUGUCUGGUGGAAAGGGGCUCAGCCAUCGAUCAGAUGGAUAGGAACGGACGCACGCCACUCGACUUGGCCGCUUUCUACGGUGAUGCGGAAAUUGUGCAGUAUUUGGUGGAUAACGGAGCCAUGAUCGAACAUGUCGACUAUAGCGGGAUGCGUCCUUUGGACCGAGCCAUUGGAUGCCGAAAUACCGCCGUGGUUGUAACGCUUCUCAGGAAAGGAGCCAAACUAGGAAACGCAGCCUGGGCAAUGGCUACUUCUAAACCCGACAUUCUGAUCAUCCUGCUGCAGAAGUUAAUGGACGAAGGGAAUCUGCUGUACCGAAAAGGGAAGAUGAAAGAAGCUGCACAGAGGUACCAGUACGCCCUGCGCAAGUUUCCCCGAGAAGGGUUUGCCGAGGAAAUUAAAGCAUUUAAUGAACUCCGCGUGUCUCUGUUUCUCAAUUUGUCGCGGUGUCGCAGGAAAACAAACGAUUUUGGAAUGGCUGAGGAGUUUGCCACCAAAGCGCUGGAGCUGAAACCAAAAUGCCACGAAGCCUAUUACGCCAGGGCCCGCGCUAAGAGAAGCAGCAGGCAGUUUGUGGCAGCUCUUGCAGACCUCCACGAAGCCCUGAAGUUGUGUCCAAACAAUCUAGAAAUAAAGAGACUUCUGAGCAGAGUGGAAGAGGAAUACAAGCAGCAGCAAAGGACACAGCAGAAGCAGUUCCAGCCUCCCUCCCAAGCCCAUACUGAAUCUGAUCACGAGGAGGAAUCUCUCGGGGAGACCCUGAGCAGCCCAAGUUUUGACGAGACCCAAGAAGAGGAAAGCCCACAGCAUGACGAUCAUCUCCAAGCAUCUCCUCAUACCCAGGACUUCCCUCUCGGCAGCAACAGGAUUCAGGAACACGUGAAUCAGAAAAACAGGCCCGAAUGCCCUGUGGAACAGCCCAGUAAGAAUGUAGGUUUGCAGCAGGCACUGGUAAAGCAGCCUACUAAGCAAGCCCAAAUUGUCAAAACCAAUCAGCAUAUGAAUUCUUUGCAGUUGGCUUCCAGGACUGGAAGUGGUUUUGGUGCCUACAAGGCUCCUUUACCAUCAACAUUAACACCACUCAGCUCUGGUUCUUCCCGAAACUCUUCAAACCCUGCCAGCCUGGCUUUCAAUAGAGAUGGGGCAAAUCUUGUAUCUUCUGGAUCCAAUAGUGUAGGAGCUCACGCCCUGGCAUACAGCGAUAAAAUGCCAACAGGACAUGGCAUCCAAAAGCAUGCCAGCGAUGUGGGGUGUUCCUAUAAAGCUUCAGGCUCCUUUAGUGCUAGAACAGCAGAAAAACUACUGGCUCAUCUCGAGGUGCCGGAAGCCCAGACACCCAAUGGUGGAAAGACUCUAGGGGCUGGCAGCAAAAAAAUGCCAUCUCAUGGCUUACUCUCAAGCAGCAGCUUCUCCGAAGGCGUUAAAGUACCUGACGUGCGCAGUAAAGAAGGGAAACUGAACCAGCCACAAAGUGGGACAACUGAACACAGACUCCGCAACAUUCCCUUCAUGGGCAUCAUGGAUAAAGCAGCGAGAUCGUUACAGCAGAACCCACCGCCGGGGCGGAGUUGGAAUAAUCAGGCCAUAGAAGGUUUUCAGAAAGACACCCCCUCUGCUGGGACCGUCCCAAGUGCAAACUUUGAUAAAAUGCCUGCCAGGCAGGUUCCUGGUUAUGGCAAUCACAAAACUAUGCCCAGCUCCUCUGGGGACAACAUGCAUAAUGGUAUGGAAGAUGGAAAGGGUCUGAGGCCCAGUCACUUGCAGGAUCCAAGGGUAGCCAAAGCUGCCCCCCAGCCGUACCCCGACUCUAUAUCUAGAUCACAGUCCUUGUUAGUUAAAGAGACAAAUCUAAGUGCUAUGCCUUCCUCUAAACCAAAGCGAUCCUUUAUAGAGUCAAACGUGUGACCCAGCAGUUACGGGCAUUGUAUGGAAGAGCGGUCGUUAUGCAAGUGCACUCUCGGUAGCCCUCUAAUUCCCAGUGCAGUCUGUUAUUUCACAAGAUGAGGCCUUAGCAGUCUGUGGGCGGGACAGGAAAAAGACACUCGGUGCAGAAACUGUUGCAUGGCAUCAGAACCACUUGUAAAACUGGUUGUAGUCGCUGACGGCCCAAAUGGUAUCAGAAUGUACUUCCGCUGCUGGGUAGGAUCUCACUGACAGCAUUUGCUUGUGGGAUAUGGUAGGAUACCGGAGUCAGAAUUUUAUACAUUUGUGUUUGGUUUGUUUGUUUUUCUUUUAAAACUUACAAUGGCAGGAUUAAGUGAAAGCCCUGAAAGGGACGUCCACAUUUAUUGACUUGGGUUUCAUUUUAAUCUGCUAACUGCUAAUUGGCUAGGGAGGCCACUUUGGUUACCCAGUGCAGGAGGCUUAGUUGUGAGGAUCAAGUAGAGGCAGUGAAUGCUGGAGGUGGAUGGUCUCCUUUUUACCGGAUCAACAGGGGGUUCAAGACCACAAAUGUUUCUCAGGGAUCUAGAACUUGUGGAUUUCUGAUAAACUACCGUUGCCUUCCAUUGUUUGGUAUGAGCAGGUAGGAGGGUGCCAGGUCCCUGAUGCGCUUAUUUGGCCAAAUAGAAAACAGCGACAGCCCGGCUGGUAAUGGGGAAGCCGAGGGUAAAUGAUACAAGGUUCUGAUGGUGCUAUGAUGCCAAUGUACAUGAUUAAUGUUAUACCUCAGUGCUGCCCCUGCAGGUCCCACGUCCUUUAGGUCCUUUCUUAAGGAGUUGCCUCACGAACUAUGAAGAUUCAAAUUCAUGACACAAAAGAUGCAUAAGAACAGGCCAAAUAGGGCAAAGAUUGGCUCAGUUGACUAAAUGAGUCCUAGGCUGGUUGCUCAGGGAUAGAGGCUUGGGUCACUUAUCUAUAACAUAGGCCAGUGCUGCAGCUGCUGCAGAAUCUCUUGGCUCUGAGAGGAGGAACUCCUUUGCUGUGCACGGGAGCAGUGGGGGGUCAGCAGCCGGUGCCCCAUAGGGGCCACUCCAACAGCUUGCUCUGCCUCCCUGUUAUAACUGGCAAAAGAGUGAAGGUUUUUGAUGCUCCAAAAGGCUCAUGGGCAACCAGCUGACCAUUAACUGGGAGUUGAGCGGGCCAUACAUACCCAGGUUUGGUUGGGCACUUUUGGCAAGUUGGGGGACUGUUUAGAGAGAUGUUUCUUUAAAUCUCUCCCUUCACUGUUGUUCUGGUUAUUCAGGUGGUCACUAAAUGGAUAGAAGGGUAUAAAAGUGGCUGUACGGAUAUCAGUACCGGCCGUUUGGUACUUGGUCUGAGUACUGUAUAGGUCGGCCCAUAUAGCACCACAACAUCGGGAAAUCCUCUAGUCACCAGUCACUGCUCCCAAAUCUACCCCAGUAAAAUGGAACGGGGGCUCCCAACAAACUCAGUAUUAGAAAAAUGUGCCGGUGCCUUUAAAUGUAAGGAAACGUUUGUUUCUAAUAAGCUCUUAUAAGGCUCUGAAUAAUUAGAGCAUCCGAAUAUCUCUGGUAUUUAUUGGGUUAAACAGGAACGGGGGCCAUUUGUGCAUCAAUAUCCAAAGAUGAUUUGACUCUUUUCCCGCAAGAGGUGUCGGGAUACCAGAAACAGCGGUUGGAUCCUGAUAAGGCUGAAUGUAAUUGCUGUGUAUAUUGCCCUUUUAUCAUCCGUAAUCUUGGGUUUAUUUAAUAGAGGGGUGGGGGAGACUGUAACAAUAUAUUGUGUUUUCUACAAGUAUUACAUUUUCUCCAUGUACAUAGAACCUCAUGUUAUAGAGAAGCGAGACAGCUGUAUAACACACGCAUGUUAGCGCUUCCGCCGUGCCGGGGAAUUGCACUGAAUGGUAUAUAUAUAUUCAUGCGAAAUAUCAGUUCUAACCGUUACCGCACUUUAUUUUCAUUUUAUAAAGGACACCUCUGAGGUGCUAAUUGUACAGAGAGAGAGAAAUGGUACAGAAGUUUAGACGGCAAGAAAAAAGUCUGUGGUUUUGGAAAAACAGGUUUUUUUAAAAAAAGAUUUGUGCUUCUAAUGUGCGUUUGGUGUUUGUUUUGUGCACGGUGGUUUUAUAAAGGAAUCCUUCCAUUUCUGUAUAUAGAUAUAUAUAUAUAUAUUUUACUAACUGUUUUCUGAAAGCGUUUGCCCUGCGGGAGGGUAAGGGGGGCAGACGGCGCUAUGUAUGUUCCUAUGUACAAAGGUUAUAACAGAAUAUUUCCCUGUUUCUCUAUAGAGCUUAUUUAUUUUUUACAAUCUCUGGAUCUCUGUCCCCUUCGGUUGGAUUUGUAACUCUGUUUUGCACAUCUACUGUAUUUCCAUAAGGAAUAAACAAACUCUGUAUUAGAGAG